UCUCCAUUCUUCACCAUUGCCAUCUCCUCAAAACACUAAACAGUGGGAGGAAACGUACCCUUUCGCAUUCCUUCCCAUUGAAUUAAAAAAAAAUUAUAUAAAAAAAAACAUGAAAGGAAAGAAAGUAGCUUUUACAGGUUUGGCUGUUUUACUGGUGGUUGGUUGCGCCAUUGGUGCCACCGUCUACACCACAAACAAGCCUCAUGCCGCCGCUGCCGGUGCCGGUGGAUCUGAAGUGAGCAACCACAACAAGGCAGUGACGGCACUCUGCGACGGUGCUGAUGACAAGAAACUCUGCCAUGAUGUCCUCACCCCUAUCAACACCUCAGACCCUAAAGAAUACGUGGCCGCGGUGGUCAAAACCUCCAUGGACAGCGUCAUCAAGGCCUUCAACAUGAGCGACAGGCUCACCGUUGAGCAUGAAAACAGCAACCCCGGAGUCAAAAUGGCGCUCGAGGAUUGCAAGGAUUUGCUACAAUCCGCAAUCCAAGAGCUCCAAGCCUCCGGGGUUCUGGUGCAGGAGAGCAGCCUCCUUGAUGUUAACCAGCGCUCCGCCGAGCUUAAAAACUGGCUCAGCGCAGUCGUUGCUUACCAGCAAUCUUGCCUGGACGGGUUCGACACCAAGGGCGAGAAAGAGGUCCAGGACAAGCUUCAACAAGGAAGCUUGGACGAUGUUGGUAAACUUACUGGCUUGGCACUUGACAUUGUUUCCGGAAUCUCCAAGGUCCUCGGAGCUUUUGAUUUCAACCUGCACCUGAAACCCGCUCGUCGCCUUCUUGAGAUUGAUGCUGAAGGGUACCCUACAUGGCUCUCUUUUGCUGAUCGUAAACUCGUGGAGUCCAAGUCAAAUGUUCUGCCCAACGCAAUUGUGGCUAAGGAUGGUAGUGGCCAGUUUAAGACCAUUACUGAAGCCAUUAACUCAUACCCUAAGAAGCACCAAGGUAGAUUCCUCAUCUAUGUCAAGGCUGGUGUCUAUGACGAGUACAUCAACGUUGACAAGAAGAAGCCCAACAUUCUCUUGUACGGUGACGGCCCUACCAAGACCAUCAUCACCGGAAACAAGAACUACGCCGCCGGUGUCAAGACCAUGAGAACUGCCACAUUCACCACCCUUGCUCCAAACUUCAUUGCCAAGUCAAUUGCAUUUGAGAACACCGCCGGGCCACAGGGACACCAAGCAGUUGCACUCCGUGUGAAUGGUGACUGCUCAGCCUUCUUCGACGUCGCGAUCCGCGGCUACCAAGACUCGCUGUAUGCACACGCUCACCGUCAGUUCUACCGCAACUGCGAGAUCUCCGGUACCAUCGACUUCAUCUUCGGCUACGCCACCACCUUGAUCCAAAACUCCAAGAUCUUGGUCAGGAAGCCCAUGUCAAACCAGCAGAACAUCGUCGUCGCCGACGGUACCGCCCAGAAGAACAUGCCCACCGGAGUCGUCCUCCAGAACUGCCAGAUUCAAGCAGCACCUGAGCUCGCCGCCGACAGGCUCACCGUGAAGACCUACCUCGCUAGGCCAUGGAAGGCAUUCUCCAGAGCCGUGUUCAUUGAAAACACCAUCGGUGAUUUGAUUCAACCAGAAGGUUACAUUCCAUGGAACCCGAUCGAACCUAACACCGAGAACGCUUACUUUGCUGAGUUUGGAAACUCUGGACCCGGUUCAGUGACUCAAGCGAGGGCAAAAUUUGGAAAAGGUUUGAUUUCCAAGGCUGAUGCUGAGAAGUUCACCGCUGAGCAAUGGAUCCAAGCUAGCACAUGGGUCCCAGCUACUGGCAUUCCUGUCGACCCUACCUUCACCAAAGCUUAAUUUGAUUACAAAAAUUCAAAGGCUUUGAUUGAGUACGUAGUAUACAUAUUAUAUAACUUUUCUUUUCUAGCAGAGUGAGAGAUAUAUAUUGAAAUAUUGAGUGCGUUUGAGGAGGUGAUUUUAUGAAGUAUGCAUAUGCUCAUGCAACACUUCAUUUGGUUUUUUAUUUUGUUGACUAGAUGAUUCUUCUGUCGUCGGUGUGCGUUGUACACUGAUGAUGAUGAUGAUAUUACUAGGGAGAUGCAAUGAAUUGUUUCUUUCUUCCUGAAUGAUGGAUCAUGUAAUCACGUUAUAUAUCUCUUAUAAUGAUGCAAUGAUAUUAUUAUAUUGAAAUUAAAA